AUGUCGUCCCACGACCUCUCCAAACCAGACGACAUUGAUACCAAGUCGAUCAUCUCUAUGCAAGAACUAGAUCCGUCACCUGUUGACGACACCCCAGACAUUGAAAGCGGAACAUAUACCCCCAGAGCCGCAUCUCCUGUGCAGCAUGGGACCGGUCUCUCAAUUCCCAAAUUGGGCCUUAGUGGCCAUCGGUGGGAUUCAUGGCUGACGGGUAUCCAAAAAUACUCCACCUACCCACCUACGGCUUUCUUCAUCCUACAUCUCGCCAACACCUCGCUUAUCCCGCUCAUGACCCGCUCCGUGGCUGCGAGCGAAUCCUACCUUUUGCUCACGCGACCCAUAUACCAAGCUCCCGGCCUCGAACAUCUAGUCCUGACGAUCCCCAUACUUGCACAUAUAGCCUCUGGAAUUGCUCUCCGCAACGCUCGCGCUUCGCGUAGAGCACGACUGUACGGCGCGGAGACUCGCGCCCAGCGAAAGACCUUAUACUUCUGGCCCCGAAUGUCGUUGCAGGCACGCACUGGAUACUUUAUCGCACCGUUGGUUGGAUUCCACGUUUUGGUCAACCGUGCCACGCCGGUGAUGGUUGAAGGAGGAAGCUCCGGUGUGGGACUGGGAUAUGUUGCGCACGGCUUUGCUCGGAGUCCCAUGUUCUGGAAUGCGUUCUAUUUGUUCUUUGUGACUGCUAGUGUUUGGCACCUCGUCGGCGGCUGGGCGACUUGGAUGGGUUGGAGAGUGACCACUGCGCGCAAGGAUCGUAGCCAAAAAGGCUCCUUGGAAGGCUACCUUGGCAUCAAGGAACAAAAGUCGAAAAGACAGCGCAAGAUGUGGUGGGUCGUCAAUGGACUCGCCGCCACCGGCGCGGCUGUCUGGCUUGCGGGUGCUCUUGGUAUUGUCGGACGUGCUGGUGAAGGCGCCGGCUGGGAGGCCAAGGGUUGGAAUGAGAUGUAUAGUCAGGUUCCAAUUAUUGGGGAGUGGCUAUAA